AAAGCCAACGGCUACAAACAAUACCGUUCUGUGUCUUCUUCUCUUCUUAGAUCAUAAAAACUAACAUUUCCGAAAACAUCGCAAAUUAGCUCUAACAAACUUCAUUCUCAUCCAAUCUCUUUCUUCCCAUUUAACCUCUCUCCCUUCCUUCAUUUUCCUUUGAUUCUUUCCCUGCGUUGGAAUCCACUCUCUCUCAUUUCUUAAUCCUUUCUUUCGAGAGAUUAAUCAUUAAUUAACACAUUAUUACUUAUUCUUUCAUUACAUUACAUUUUUAUUAUUAUUAUUAUGUAAACAUUUUAUUCAAUCUUCUGUACGGAUUCCUUCCGUUAACUACAGCUAGCUGAAAGACGAGCACUGAGUUUUCAGAAAGAAAAACAAAAACAAUACAUAAAUUAGUUUAGAUUUGAAUUUAUUAGAUUUUUUUUGAAAGAUGUCGGUUGCUGAUGUUGCAUUGAGACCGAUUUUAAAAGAAUCGGAAAAAAAUUCACAUUGUCAUCACCGUCGUAGUUCAAGUGAAUCCAUUCUGAUAUACGUCACCGUAGACGGAGCAGUAACACCGAUGCGUGUGUUAGAAUCUGAUUCAAUUGCAUCAGUGAAAAUGAGGAUUCAAACACGCAAAAAUGUUUCAUGGAAAAAGCAAAAUCUAGUUUCCAAUGGAAGAGAAUUAUCUCGUAACAACGCAGAGAUGAAAGAGUAUGGUGUAACUACUGGUAAUGUUGUUCAUUUGGUUCUUCGUCUUUCUGACAUGAUUUUCAUUGUUGUGAGGACAAUGUGUGGGAAGGAAUUUGAAUUUCAGAUUGAUCGGCAUAGGAACGUUGCACAUCUUAGGAAUUGUAUUAAAAGAAAGGGGAAAGGUUUUGUUGAUCUUGUUGAGGAGGAACAAGAGUUUUUUUGCAGCGGUGAAAAGCUUGACGAUAAGAGGAUUUUUGAUGAUAUUUGUAAGAAUGAUGAUGAUGUUAUUCAUCUUAUUGUUAAAAAAUCGGCGAAAGUUAAUGCUACUUUUGUUCAUAAUAAGGAUUUAGAGGUUUCUGUUGUUGCAGAUAAUUUGAAUUCGAAUUCGAAUCAGAAUUUGAAUAAUCAGAAUCAGGAUGAGGUUGUUAAGGUUAUAGAACAACCCUAUGGUUUUGAUUUUUUGUUAGAACCGAUUUUUGUGAACCCUAGGAUCAAUUAUUUUCCUUUCCUAUGGGAUAUGAUAGAUGCAACUUUCAAUGGUUUGAAAAAAGGAAAUAAACCCGUUAGAUCUUCUGAGGGAACAGGUGGGACUUACUUCAUGCAAGAUUUGAAAGGUGUGGAGUAUGUUUCCGUUUUCAAGCCAAUUGAUGAGGAACCAAUGGCGGUUAAUAAUCCGCGUGGAUUGCCGGUUUCUGUGAACGGUGAGGGAUUGAAGAGAGGGACAAAGGUUGGAGAAGGAGCUGUGAGAGAAGUUGCGGCUUAUAUAUUGGAUCAUCCAAAGGCUGGACCACGUUUGGUGUCUGGUGAAGCGAUUGGUUUUGCUGGUGUUCCACCUACAGUUAUGGUGCGGUGUUUACAUGAAGCGUUUAAUUACCCUGAUGGGGGGGAUCGUGGCUCUUCGAGGAUGGAUCAUAAGGUGGGAUCUUUGCAGAAGUUUAUGAGUAAUGAUGGUAAUUGUGAGGAUAUUGGACCUGGUGCUUUUCCUGUGCAAGAGGUGCAUAAGAUCAGUGUGCUUGAUAUAAGAAUGGCGAAUGCAGAUAGGCAUGCAGGGAAUAUAUUGUUUAGAAAAGAGCUAAAUGGUGAAACCAUGCUCAUUCCCAUUGAUCAUGGCUAUUGUCUUCCUGAGAAAUUUGAAGAUUGCACAUUUGAUUGGCUUUACUGGCCUCAAGCACGUCAGCCAUACUCUCCCGAUACAGUUGAUUACAUAUACUCUCUGGAUGCUGAAAAGGACAUAGAGCUUCUGAAAUAUUAUGGUUGGGAUGUUCCAGUUGAGAGUGCUAGAACACUCCACAUCUCCACAAUGUUAUUGAAGAAAGGGGUUGAGAGAGGUCUCACUCCCUAUGCCAUUGGAAGCAUCAUGUGUAGGGAAAAUCUAAACAAAGAAUCAGUAAUUGAGGAGAUUGUCUCUGAAGCCCAGAAAUCAUUGCUACCAGGCACGGAGGAAUCUGUUUUUCUCGAAUUUGUAUCGCAGAUCAUGGAUUCCCGCCUUGGUGAGCUGUCGAAAUAGACUUUUUUUCUUUGUCUGAUUCAUAGGUAUUAAUGCAUAUAUAUGUAUGUAUGUAUUAAAUGAAGAAAACCAGUCCAUAUUUGGAUGGACUUAAGGUUGUUGUAUAAGAAGGUGAUGGCCAGAGGUGUUCUAAUCUGGACAUAUAGGUCCGAAGAGAUUGCAUAUUAUUACUCACCCAAUCACCUCCGUAUAUUGUUUUUCGGGAUUGUAUUGCCAUAUUGAACAGAAGUUAAAAGUCUGAAUAAGAUGUAUUCUACUGAGAUGGUGUAUCUUAGGAUUGUAUAUAUAUUAGGGUUUGUACA